AACACCUGACUUGUAGAAGGAAAGGCGAAAAAUAUAUUGACAUGAUGUUAUAUUAUUUAAUUUUAAUUUUGAGCGGGGUAAUUGUUUCUGACGGUGAGAAAGUAUUUGGUGGAAGAUUUGCGAAAGAUGGGGAGUUUCCGUUCGUCGUAUCUAUCCGUGGGGAAAAGACUUGCGCUGGUUCUUUAGUGACCUUGGCAAAGGUAGUUACUGCAGCCCAUUGCUUGUACUUCGUAAAGGAGCAAAGCACGAAUGUAGACACGAACAGACAAUAUGUCGUAGGAGGAUCGGUCGAUGUAGAGAACUUCAAUGAUGGAGUAGACCAAAGGGAAGUAAGGGCAGUAAUUAGCGUCUUGUUGUCUGGUAAAUAUAGACCACGAUCGCGAUUCGACGGUAAAAUCGACAGUCACGAUAUCGGCUUGGCGUUACUGGAUUAUCCAUUUUAUUCGAGGAAAAGUUUGCAAGUCAUGAAUCUAGUUUCUUGGAAUGCUGCAGAAUUCAAACAUAGUUGGGACGAAAUAGUCGCCAAGAAAACGAUUUGCUAUGCCAUGGGCUGGGGGACGACUACAUAUCAUUCCAGCAGUAUCGGAACAGAUGUCGUUGCGACUAAACCUUCUCCUAUUUUGAAAGUAAUCCCAGUAAUCCCUGAAAAAAAUGAAUCUUGUUCUAUGUUGUUUCCAAGAAAAGAAGAUAUGACGAUGUACGGGGAAAUCUGCGUUUACUCAGUUAAAAAACACGAGACGAUCUGCGACGGCGAUUCCGGUGGUCCGUUGGUCUGCGAUGGUCGCCCUUACGCAUUACUCAACUACGGUCCGAGAUGUGGCACUACCUUGUCUCCACAGGGUUAUCUUCUAUUUUGGUACUACUUGGACUUCUUAACACUUAGCGGUACUCAUUUGUUCAUAUCAAAAUGGCUGAUUCUCCUCAUAUUAUUAUACCUAUUAUGCAAUUACAUUUAAAAUUCUAACAAUAAAAAUAAUUUCCACACGAUUUUUACCAUUGUUUAAAAAUUAAACUUUGCACAAACAUAUGUGCUCAUUGA